UUUUCUCUUGAUUUGACUAAUUCAAAUUCGGAUACCGUACGGGAGUUCAAGGAGGUGGUGAGGUGCCUUAUGGAUGAAGUAAGAAAACCAAACUUGGCUGAUUAUUUCCCUAUGCACAGAAAGAUCGAUCCACUGGGUGUAAUGCGUCGCAGAACAAAUCACUCUGCAAGGAUUCUUGAUCUGUUUGAUCGUAUCAUCGAUCAACGUUUGCAGUUAAGAAAAGAGCAGGGUUAUAUCCUAAACAACGACUUGCUUGGUACCCUUCUCACUCUGAAUGAACACAACAACAAAGAGAUGGAUAAGAAUUGCAUGGAACAUUUGUUCUUGGAUCUAUUUGCUGCUGGGACUGAUACAACCUCAAGCACAUUGGAAUGGGCAAUGACAGAACUAGUUCGCAACCCCAAGACUUUAUUGAAAGCAGGAGAAGAGCUUGAGCAGAUAAUUAGCAGGGGCAGCUAUAUGCAGGAAUCAGACAUUACUCAGUUACCCUAUUUGAAAGCAAUUAUCAAAGAAACUUUCAGAUUGCAUCCGGCAGUCCCCCUACUCUUGCCCAGCAAAGCAGGGGUAGACGUAGAAAUCUGUGGCUUUACAGUUCCUAAAGGUGCUCAAUUGUUGGUCUAUGCAUGGGCCAUAGGUAGGGACCCAAGUCUUUGGGAGGAUCCAGUGUUGUUUAUGCCAGAGAGAUUCUUGGGUUCGGAUAUGGAUGUUCGAGGGUGUGAUUUUGAGCUUAAUCCUUUUGGUGCUGGACGGCGAAUUUGCCCUGGAUUGCCAUUGGGAAUCAGAAUGUUACACUUAAUGUUGGGAUCACUGAUCCAUUCCUUUGAUUGGAAACUUGAAGAUGGGAUUACACCAGAGAGCAUGAACAUGGAAGAUAGGUUUGGCCUCACCGUACAGAAGGCCCAAAGACUACCAGUUAUACGUGUGGAAUUGUAACAACAUGAUUUCACGUUUUGAUAAAUUAUUAGGUAUAUACAAUGAUAUAAAAUCACAUUAUAAAUC